UGCUAUUUUUGUUUAUCAACAACCUUCCUCUAACCAUACUAUUGUUUUUUCUAUACUGUUUCAUCCAUAAAGGAUUUUAAUAUAUUAUAAGCAGCUAAAUAUUCAAUGGUACACAAUUUUCAAAUAUGAACGCCUUCUGUGUAGCAUGCCGGACGCGUGGUUCCGGUAUGGUGGCAAUAUACCAGCAUCCAAACGGAUUGGACCAGAUGUUCACUUCUGUCACGGGAAUCGAGGUUGAAAACGAGGAUCUACUAUGCAUUCCGUGCUACGAUGAACUAAAAGCUGCCCAUUUAUUCAAGCAAAAGUGCAUUCAGAACAACAUCCUUCGGAUAAGCCGACCUUCACCAUCCAGAAAUGGCGAUAGCAACCGGAACCACUCCGAAGAGCUGACGGUUGAACUCGAAGUGCCAGUACACAAACCACCGAUGCAAACCGAACAGCAAACUUCAAACGUUGAAAUCUCUACCACAUGCACUGGCGAAGUUGACCUUUUGGAAGAACAUUUGAUCAUCGGAACGGAUGUGUCGAAUGAAACCGAUUCAGAGCUGGAAGGGAAUAGCGAUGUCGAAGAAAUCAAAAUAGAACUUACUGAGUUACAGGAAGUGGGACAAAUUAACAUAUCUGUUCCGAUGCUAGACAGCCAACAACGGACUAGUGUAAUGCCAGAUCAAAGCGUAGACGAUGUCGAAGGUAAAAUGGUGAAACAAUUUGAAGUUGAACCGAUCCGAUGUGACGAUUGUAGUAAGUCUUUCUCCAAGACUACUACGCUACAAAAGCACAUCAGAACCUGCCAUCCGGCGGUCGAAUCGACUGAUGAUAGCGAACAACUAGGUUCCGGAGCAUUGGCCACUCUGCCGACAGUCCAUAAUCUGAUGUGCUGGUACUGCUUUCAAGAGUUCACCGGGCUGAAUGAGAAAUAUGAGCACGAGGCUUCCCAUAUAUCGGAGCCGAAACCGUACAAGUGCCCCCAGUGUGAGAGUACAUUCAAGGAUAAAGUUGGUCUUCGAAGUCACAUUCGAAUUCACUCAGCAGUGAAACGGUACAAAUGCCAAUAUUGCGAAAUGCGAUUCCACCAGCGGGGGAAUUUAACCGCCCACGAGAGGACCCACGUUGGAGUUAAACCGUUCGUGUGCCCGCAGUGUGGCAAAGGUUUUGCCGAGAGUGGCAAUCUAAAGAACCACAUUCGCUUCCACACGGGCGAACGACCCUACGCAUGUUCAGAGUGUCCGAAGCGCUUCCGGACACAUUACUCGAGAACCGUUCAUUUCCGAUCGCACAAUAACGAUCGUCCGUUUCGGUGUCCUGAAUGCGAAAAAGCAUUCUACUCUUCGGGCAAAUUGAUUAUUCACCGGAGAGUGCACAGCGGCGAGAAGCCGUAUCAGUGUAACGCCUGUCCGGCCAAGUUCGCCGACAGCAGCGGACUGCGGCGGCACUCUAAGACGCAUUGAAAAAAAGAAAUAGUUGUCAUUGACAUAAUACUUUCAUAUCCUUUUUUUUAAAGAUUUUUGAGAAAAUCACGAAUUAGGAUUGCCAACCCUCCGAGUUUUUGAACCGGAGACUUUUUUGGGGGCGAUUUCCGGGUUUUACAUCAAUUACCCCGAGUCUGGAUAAUUUUAAUCCCUUUGUACUUUUUCUGUAAGUAAUGUUUUGACCACCUCUUCGUGUAAGGCGUUACCUAGUCGUACAAUUUUGAAAGAAUCGAUUUUUUUAUUUGUUUAAAAUUCAGUUGACUGUUUUGAAAAAAUACCAAAAAAUGGAAGACGAUAAUAAUUACAUGUUCAAAUUUUCAAUUCUGUUGCAACGUCUUUUAUGUGUACCCCGAGCGUACUGAAAACGUUAACCGCGUUUUUGUGAAACCACAUUUUUUGGCCUGACCGGAAACGUAACUCGAACGAAUCAUUCUAAAAUUUUCACAGUAUAUUCAAAAUAGAUUUCUCCAGCGAGGUAUAAAGGACCUUAUUAUUAAUUGUUCAUUUUUAAUAAACGAGAGUUCUGUUAUAAGGAAUCGAAGAUUCCAAAGGGAUGAUGUCAGAGUAAAAGGUUUCGCGUGUCACAUCCUAAUGUCAGUACCUGCCCCAGCUCAGCCUCUCGCCGCCCCUCUGUAAGCGGCCUUACACUUCUUAUUAUUUUUAAUCACAAACAACGACAAUGAACGCGGUUCAUUUACGCCACGACCGGCAUCAACGGUUUCGUGUCCUAUCUCUUUGAAUGUAUAGAGAAGAGUGUACAAAGCGAGCAGCCGGAGUACAGCAGCAAAACAAAAAUGUAUUUUACUACUGUACGGAAAAGUGCACUCAGAUUGGCUACCGUUCUGGGAGGAGCAGAAGCAGUAGUGAUGCGUCGCUGUUGCAGGCUGUAGGGAUUGUGCAAAUGUAAAUGUACCGGAAAAUAUGUAGUACCGGUACCGUUCGCAUCCCUGGCUGCUAUGUGGUACAUAUAUUGACAUCAUUUGACGAAAGGUAUUCUAGUAGGUACUCACCUCUAUGUGAUGUGCAUUGGCACCACAUCCAAUGAUAAAGGGCUUGUUGAGGUUUCUGCAGUACUUUACGAGGGCAUCGGUUUCAGAUGGUGGUGCUGUAUCCGCAUCGCCAGGGAUGCGAUCACAAUCUCCUGCUUGCUCCUAGCCCUCGUUGC